AACAUCAUUCUGAGAGCGAAAGGAAAAAACUUGGUAAACGAAAACAGAGAAAAGCUGGUCAUGGGCCAUGGCGAUCCACAUUCCUCACCAACAACCGUCUUAUUCCUUUCUUCCUGGCAUUCCUUCUUCUUUACUACAAGUAACGUUGUUGUCGCCACCUUUGCCUCCCCAAAGUCUCACAGUGCUUCCCCUGAAAUUGUUUCCUCAGGUGUCAGGACCCCUUUUGCUGCUUAGUUGGGUGAUGUUAAGUUGAAUACACUCUCGCAACAUCAGUGAUGGGUUCUCAAAAUUUGUUCAAGACAAUAAUCAGUUUAAAGAGAGAGAAGGGUAGGAAUGUAAAGCAAGUCAAGGGAUCUUCAGCUUCUGCAAAAUCAAAUGGCUUCAAAUGGAAGAAUCGUCCACAGAAGUUAUCCACUAGUUCUGCAAAUGGCUCUACUGGUGGAAAUUCCAGCACUCUUGGUGUGCCAAUUGAGGAUUUAGCUGCAAUUCGAAUUCAAACUGCUUUCCGUGCCUAUAAGGCUAGAAAAAGUUUACGUCGGUUGAAAGGAAUGGCAAGACUACAGACUAUGGUUCAAACUUAUUCUAUUAAAAAGCAAGCCACAAGUACAUUAAGUCAUCUUCAUUCGUGGAGCAAUGUACAGUCCCAAAUUAGAGCUCGCCGACUCUCUAUGGUAACAGAAGGCCAGCUAAGACAGAAGAAGAUGGAGAAUCAGCUAAAGCUUGAGGCAAAGCUUCAUGACCUAGAGGUUGAAUGGUCUGAUGGACCCGAAACAAAGGAGGAAAUUCUCACCAGGAUACAUCAGAGAGAAAAUGCAGCAGUUAAGCGUGAGCGAGCCAUGGCUUAUGCCUUUUCCCAUCAGUGGAGGGCCAACUCAAACUAUAAUGGACUCAACAAUUAUGAACUUGCUAAAGCUAAUUGGGGUUGGAGCUGGGUGGAACGUUGGAUUGCUGCCCGGCCAUGGGAAAGCCGUGUGUCCAUGACAUCCAUCAGCCCUAAAAAGGUUAAUAGUAAGCAGGCUAGCAAGGUUACUAAGAACUCAAGUCCACCGUCUGGAAAAGCACCAGCUCUGGUUAAAGAAUCUCUAUCAAUUGGAAAGGGAACUGCAAGAGCUGGGAAGUUAUCUUUCCCAGACACUGAAAAACCAGGUGUGCAAGAAAGCACUAAGGAUGAAGAAAUGAAUAACAAAAAGGAAAAGGAGGCAGAUAAUAUGGUCUGAAACUGAUCGAAGUGUUUUUUACCCAAAAAGUAAAAGAAUUUCAACAGAUGUCCAUUUGGCGAUGCUUUGUUUUUCUCACUUCCCUAUUCUUCUUAGCUGUUGAAAGAAAUUUUUAUGAUUGUUUUGACAUUCUCUUUUCCCCUUAAUAAUUUUGAGCACACGCA